AUGAAUCAACACAAGAUUCUUACUCCUGAAAAGGCUCGUGCUGCUACACCUCUCACUACGGUCAAUCGUCAAUUCUUGGGCGUCUUGAAGGAUUCCGUCGUGAAACUCGUUUUUGAAUCUGCACUUCGCCAACCAUCCGCUGAGCCAGCAUUGCCCAUGAACUCUUCUGGAGACAAGGCUUUGGGAGCAUUCACUCGCUAUGUUUUGGCUGUUGCUCAUGAACACGACAUCAAACCUCAUGACAUCUUGAAAGAAUUGGGGCUCACCCAUACUGACAAAGAGCAAGAUGCCGAGCUUGCCACUUUGCUCAAACAAGAAGCUGCUCGAUGGAACGCGAUUGAACAGCAAGCAUAUGGCCACAUUGAAAAGGGCGGUGUUGCAGCAUUGAAGCAAGGUGCAGCAACCAAAAUGGAUCAAGCUGUCAGUAUGGAGGGAUGA